AUGACUGAAAGUCCAGAUACUGAAGGCACCUUAUCCUUCUUCCAAGUGGCAAGUGAUGAAGAAUUAUCCGACUCUGAUUGUUCGGAAAAUGAAGAAGCUGUCAAGUCCGAAGAGGUUGUUCCAGAAAAACAAAGAUCAUCUGUUCUUCCCUCCCCUUUAUGUGUCCUGGCAGAUGCAAAAACUCCAGAAUUUGUCACAAGUCAUUUGUCAUCAGAUUUGAAGUGGGACAAAAUGGUUAAAAAAGCUCCAUAUAUCGCUCCUAAGGAAUUUAAACCAUGGGAAAAUGAUCUACCUGCGUUUGAGUCAAAAUCAAAUGUUAAAGACUCUAAACCGGACAUAGCAUCUUGUGAAACCCUACUAUAUACCUUCGAGUAUGGCUCGACCAUGUUGAGGUUAAACCCACCUUUGUUGAAUCCAAAGAAAUAA